AUGAGCGACUCUAGCAGACCUCCCGAUCCCCCUCCUCCUGCUCCCACACGCGCCGCGACCACAGGCAGCACCACCGCCACCCUCCCUCCCUCCGCCGCCGCCAGACAGCGCCUCCCGCACCGCGCGGCGAGCCACCAAGAUGCCUCGCCCUCCCCGCGUCCACAUCCUUUGCUCCGGCGACGGUCUUCUCUGCUCUCCUUCUCCAGCAUAGAGGACGCGACGCAUGCCUUCACCGACGACUUCAUCAAUCCGCGCACAAGCAGCAGACGCAACACGAAUGGCGAAGAUGAACUCACGCACUGGCACUCGACGCCGUUGGCAUUCGCGAUCCUGCCCGCGCUUGGCGGGCUGAUGUUUAAGAACGGAUCUGCCUUUGUGACCGACGUACUUUUGCUGGGCCUUGCGGCUAUCUUUAUGAACUGGAGUAUAAGAUUGCCUUGGGAUUGGUACUAUAGUGCGCAGGCUCUCCGGCGAGACGUGGGGCCAGACUACAACGCGGCAGAGCGCGAUGGCCUGGAAGAUGAUAUUGCGGUGGAGACUGCUUCGUCUGCAGGCAGCUCGCCCAAGCCUGCGGAAGACCACAACACAGACACACGUACGACAGAGGACCCUGUGCAGAACGUGGGCAAACGAGAGGAGGCUGCCGCAGACCUGCGAAGGCAGGAAUCGCUGGCACUUGGAGCGACGUUCUUGUUCCCAGUCCUGGCGGCAUACCUACUCCAUGUCAUACGCGCGCAGCUUUCGCGUCCUUCCACCGGACUUGUAUCAGAUUACAACCUGUGUAUCUUUCUCCUGGCGGCAGAGAUCCGGCCUGUGCGACAAAUCGUUCGUUUAGUCGCAAACCGCACUCUUCACCUACAGAGAACCGUCACCGGAAUUGACGAUCCUUUCUCAUCGGCCAUCGAAGAGAAGACGACCCUCAAUAACCUCUCGACCAGACUUGCUGAACUUGAAUCGAAGCUUGCAGAACACACCGUCGUUCCUCAAACAGUCAACAUGGCGCAAAAGGCCGACGUCAGCGAUCUGUCAGUCGAAAUUAGGAAGCGCUAUGAGCCUCGUCUCGAAGGUCUGGAGCGUGCUGUGCGCCGAUACGAAAAGCGUUCGACGACUCUGGCCAUGAUGACCGAGCAGCGGCUGCAAUCUCUGGAAACCCGUCUCCAGGAAGCCUUGAGCCUGGCCGCAGUCGCUGCACAACAUUCGAACCGCGGCGUCUCUGGCAGACUCGCGGACACGAUUACCACGGUCGUCACACUGCCCUUCAAGCUCCUUUGGGAGCUCACCGUCUGGCCCUACAGAUUCCUGGACGACCUGUACAUUGGGACAAAGACAAUACUCCUGGGUCCUAUGCCUCCACGAUCUGGUAAGCGCAGGGGUGGCCGGCAUGACGGCAGUUCGAGGGACGACAGUCGGCAGAGGGAAAAAGCGACGCAGCGCAAGGUCGUGCGAUAG